CGGCGACACGAGUGUAUUUUUAUGCUGGUGUGCCGCCCCGGGCCGCGGAGAACGAAGCUCGGCGACAGGGUAGAAAAGGGAGCCAGGAGCCUGUCAGCCUCGUGUCCCCCCUUCGUUCCUUCUGCCUGCCUGGCGGCCGCCUCCUUGUGCUUCGUGUGUGCCUCCCGCCCUAUAAGUACACGGCGCUGCCCCUCAGGCACUUGCAGAGCCAAGCCAUCACUGGUCAGUCAGCUGUGAGGAGUUGAAGACAGGAAGGGGCGCAGCUCGUGCGAGAGGUGGAUGGCGAUGGAGAAGGGCUGGAAGGCGAGGGGCGUCGUCGCUGGUGCCUUGGGCAUGGAGGUGGUGGACGAGGAGGAGGAGGACGACGCGGUGGCGGCGAUACCGCCGCCGCAGACGCCGAUGGAGCCCAUGGAGUACCUGUCCAGGUCGUGGAGCGUGUCGGCUUCGGAGAUUUCGAAGAUUCUCGUCGGCGGGGGCAAGAAGAGCGGCGUCGCGGAGGCGGCGAGCCGGCUGCCGGAGAUGACCAUACCGGAGGACUCCGUGCUCGCCACGUCCAUCGUUCCUGUUCCGUGUCAUCAGCAGCAUAGGGAUGCGAGAAGGAAUUCCAUGAGCAGCGGCCACCACCAAUCGAUCGGCAGAUGGUUGUUCCAAGUCCACCACAGGGAGGCAUUCCGGGUGAGGCAGCGAGGCAAGGAGAAGCAGCGCGCGGAGAAGGCCCACGUGCACGCCAUGGUGUCCGUGGCGCGGGUCGCCGCCGCGGUCGCCGCCGUCGCGGCGGCCACGAGCUGCGACGCCCAGGCCAGCAAGAUGGCCGCGGCCAUGGCGUCGGCCACCGAGCUGCUGGCUUCGCACUGCGUCGAGGCGGCUCAGCACGCCGGGGCGCGCCACGACCAGGUCGCCGGCGCCGUGCAGGCCGUGGUUGGCGUCCGGAGCCCCGGUGAUCUGAUGACGCUCACGGCGGCCGCGGCCACCGCUCUGCGAGGAGCAGCUACACUGAAGCAGAGAGUGCAGCGAGAGGCGAGGAGCAAUGCGAGUGUUCUUCCAUACGAGAAGGGGAGCGAGAAGGGCCAUUCAUGGAGCACUGAUAUCUGGUGCAAGGAGGGGGAGUUGCUGAAACGCACAAGAAAAGGGGAUUUACACAAGACGAGAGUAUCUAUCUACAUCAACAAGAGGUCACAGGUGAUGCUGAAGCUGAAAAGCAAACACAUUGGAGGUGCACUAUCAAAGAACAACAAGAGCGUUGUUUACGGCGUAUACAGCGAGCUUCCAACAUGGGCAGAGCCAGGGAAGGACUCCAUGGAGGAGACAUGCUGCUUCGGCCUGAGCACGGCGCAGGGUCUCGUGGAGUUCGAGUGCGAGAGCAGCGCGAGCAAACAGAAGUGGGUAGACGAUGUGCAGAACCUGCUUCGUCAGGUGGCCCUGCAGGAUCAAGUAGGGAAUAAACUGGGACUACUAAAACUCGGCUAAUGCACUCUCGAUUUGUACAUCAUCAGGGGGGGCUCCAGCCCCCCUACUGCUGGUGCAUCAAGGGCGAGGGAGAAGAAGAGGUGGAAAAAAAAAGAAAAAAUGGAGAGAUAGUGGAAGAAGAAGAGAUCAGCUCCUCCUUCGAUCCUGUUCUGCAUCCGCCACUGGUGUUGAAGUGCCUUGCAUCAUCAGGGAUGCGAGGUGUACAGAUUGAUGGUACUCUUAUCACUGACUUUAUAUUGUUGUACUACAUACAAAAUGGUGAGAUACGGGAUAGAUUUUAUGUGUUUGUUUGUUUAAGAGUGAAUGUUGUUGUCAACUAAGUGUAUGUAAAUUUGUAAAAAAAAAAGGAAAAAAAAUCUAUUUUUGGCCCCUCAA